UCCUGUUUGCAGUAAAUCCUUCAAGUUUCAGGCUGAGGCACGCAGAUGACUGAGAUGAGUUUCGCAGUUGCAGAGUCCUUUUUGAGUGUGGAGGAGGGAAGAGAUUUUUACUUGUUUUAAUCUUUUCUUUGAUUUUUGUUUUCAUUAUUUCGUUGUAUUACUAUUUACCAGUAGUUUACCAAUAGGUGAGGUAGUUGAACUCUCUCUCUCUCUCUCUCUCUCUCUCUCUCGCGUUUUUUCCCUCCAUUUAUCUCCGUAUCUGUUGGCGUAUUUGUGCUGUUUGAUGUGAAAGGAGCGAGGAAGAAAUUUCGAUCAUAACAAGUCUGGACUGAGCUGGCUUUUGAUUUCUUUUUUGGAUCAAUUUCGCUUGUCUUCCAAGGCCUUGAAAUCCAAGGCUUCUAGUUCAGAUGCUUGCAGAGAAAUGUGGUCUACUUCCGACUAAUCUGAUUUUUCCGAUGGUUGUAGCGGAUAGAUUUAACUGACGUGGUGCGGUGCUUUCAUUGCGAGAAUCGAGCUCCUGCGCUGUUAGAGUUUCAGAUUCGGAGAUUUCAGGGUCCUUUCACUGUUGGAAAUUUCUCCAUUCUGCCAAUUGGAAGGUCUUUCGUGGUUCUGAUUCGAAUGGUAAACUAAAUAAGAUUCUCAGUUCAAGCUUCUUGCUCUGUCCAGAUGGUGAUGUUCAAUUUGGAGGUUCUCGAGUGAAUCUGUUUAAGGUUCUCGGACUGAAACGAGUUGUUUAGUUUUAUAGUUAAUUGGUCGUGAAUCGUGACACUUCAGACGUUAGGCGUGCAGAGCGGUUUUGUCGAUUAGAAUCGCGGCUUACAAGUAAGCAUGUUGAGCAAAGUAUUUACCGCGUCGUUUCGAUGGUUUUAUCGUCUUGAUUAGACAUGAUGAUGCCAAGUUGAAAUCCUGUAGAUGAAUACUGUGAUCGUCGUUUCCUUAUUUUUCUUUUCUAUCGGAAACCAGCUCUUUUCUUCUACCACGCUAUUGAAGCUCUGUUUGUUUCACGGGUUGACUCUGUGAUUUGAAGGUUCGAAUGAGACGUAGCUACUGUGGUAGACAGUGAGAUCUGCUUUAGCUGGUGUCGUUUCCACGUCCAGUACACGGUACAUUUUAUGAGAAACAGUUGUUCUACUUCUGACGUCUUUUCAUGUAGAGCUUCUGAGCUAUUUACUCCAUUGAAGUUGAGCAGGGGUGGUUUAGCUGCAACUCUCUUGUUUUUCUGUUCAAAAUCUUUGGUUUUAUAAGGUCCUCAAGGGAAGAUCCACUUAAGAUCGUUGUUUCCAUAUCUGGAAUAUGCAUGCAAGAUUUUCUGAGGAUCAAUAAGGGAAAGGGAAGAGAAGAAAAUAAAGAUUGAUUUAAAGUUUAAACUUUAAAGAGUUCAAUCUGCUGACCUUUUUAGGGUUUCACAAAAGGGGUUAUCAAAGGGAAGACUAGGGUGGAGGUCUUUCAAUUUAGAGCUCGUUUCUGUAAAAGCAUCUUGAGGGGCCGUUCGUCGUUGCUUUUCUUGCCAUUUUAUCUGCUUAAGUUCAAAGCCUCUAGUCACCCGUGAUUGGUAUUAUUGGAAAAGACAUUGUAGAUUGGUCUGAUGGAGUGCAUCUGCUGAACACAAGGAUUGAAAUUGCAACUUAGGAUGAGUAUACAACAGAAACAUGGGAAGCAAGACAAGGGAUCGGAUGUUGCUGAGAAGGUUGUCGUUGCCGUCAAGGCAUCCAAGGAAAUCCCAAGGGGUGCGCUCGUUUGGGCCUUGACUCAUGUUGUUCAACCUGGAGACUGUAUAACGCUACUGGUGGUCGGCCCUGGUCAUAGCUCGGGUAGAAGACUAUGGGGUUUUCCAAGAUUUUCUGGAGAUUGUGCCAAUGGUCACCGGAAAUCUCACUCAGGGACAAGUUCAGAGCAGAAGUCUGAUAUUACUGAUUCCUGCUCCCAAAUGAUGCUUCAGCUCCACGAUGUUUAUGAUCCAAACAACAUCAAUGUAAAGAUAAAGAUCGUUUCUGGAUCGCCAUGUGGGGCAGUGGCUGCUGAAGCAAAGAGAGUUCAAGCAAACUGGGUUGUACUGGACAAACAGCUGAAACUUGAGGAGAAACGCUGCAUGGAAGAGCUGCAAUGCAAUAUUGUGGUCAUGAAACGAUCCCAGCCAAAAGUUCUUCGAUUGAAUUUGGUUGGCUCACCUAAGAAAGAAACUGAAGCGCCAUCCACGCUACCCCCUGGGUUAGAAGAGGCAUCCAAAAAACAUCCAAAAAACAACAGUGAUCCUUUGAGUUCCAUCCGAGGCCCAGUUGUGACUCCAACUAGUAGUCCAGAGCUAGGGACACCAUUUACUGCAACUGAAGCCGGAACAUCUUCUGUGUCAAGCUCAGACCCAGGAACUUCUCCAUUUUUCAUAUCUGGAAUAAAUGGUGAUUUGAAAAAAGAAGAAUCCUUAAUUACAAAGGAGCACCGAAAUCCAGAAGACUCUAAUUCUGACACAGACAAUGAAAACCCAAGCUCUCCUUCAACAAGUUUAGGCUUCCAUCCAUGGAUGGAUGUACUUCUUACUUCUGGGCGCCAGUCCUCAAAACAUAGCGAGGAAAACUCACAAAGAUUGAAUGAUAAAGCUCAGUCUUCUACAUCCAAAGCCUUAUUGGAGAAAUUCUCUAAACUUGAUCGAGAAGCUGGAAUUGGAAUGCUGAAUUAUAGGCAUGAAUUGGACUUCAGUGGAAAUGUUAGAGAGGCCAUUUCAUUACCCAGAAGCGCACCUCCAGGUCCACCUCCAUUGUGUUCAAUAUGUCAGCACAAAGCACCAGUAUUUGGAAAACCUCCGAGGUGGUUCAGCUAUGCUGAGCUGGAACUUGCUACAGGUGGAUUUUCACAGGCAAAUUUCUUGGCUGAAGGUGGGUUUGGAUCGGUUCACAGGGGGGUUCUACCAGAUGGCCAGGCAGUGGCAGUCAAACAACACAAACUUGCUAGUUCUCAGGGGGAUCUUGAAUUUUGCUCAGAAGUAGAGGUUCUUAGCUGUGCACAGCAUCGUAAUGUUGUGAUGUUAAUUGGGUUCUGUGUUGAGGACAGAAGAAGGUUGCUGGUCUAUGAAUACAUCUGCAAUGGGUCUUUGGAUUCUCAUCUUUAUGGACGUAAUCGAGAUCCAUUAGAAUGGUCUGCACGACAAAAAAUUGCUGUGGGAGCUGCAAGAGGAUUGCGAUACCUUCAUGAAGAAUGUAGAGUAGGUUGUAUUGUCCAUCGUGAUAUGCGGCCAAACAAUAUCCUAAUCACCCAUGAUUUUGAGCCACUGGUUGGAGAUUUUGGCCUGGCUAGAUGGCAGCCUGAUGGAGACAUGGGUGUGGAAACAAGAGUAAUUGGAACAUUCGGGUAUUUGGCUCCAGAAUAUGCUCAAAGUGGUCAAAUUACAGAAAAAGCUGACGUAUAUUCCUUUGGAGUAGUAUUGAUAGAGCUUGUCACAGGACGGAAAGCAGUUGAUAUCAACCGGCCUAAGGGCCAGCAGUGCCUUACUGAAUGGGCACGACCUUUACUGGAAGAAUAUGCAAUUGAUGAGUUGGUGGACCCACGCUUGGGAAACCGCUAUUCAGAACAGGAGGUCUUGUGCAUGCUGCAUGCCGCAUCCUUGUGCAUCCGACGGGAUCCCCAUUCAAGGCCCCGUAUGUCUCAGGUCCUUCGCAUCUUGGAGGGUGACAUGGUCAUGGACUCCAAUUACAUGUCUACACCUGGGUAUGAUGUGGGAAGCCGGAGUGGAAGAAUUUGGACGGAGCAGCAGCAACUCCACCAAUCUUAUAGUGGUCCAAUGUCGAAUGAUGUAUCAGAAGUGUCAGGUAAAUUCUCCUACGAUGCACUAAGGUCUGCUUACUGGGAGAGGGACAAGACAAGAACCUCAUGCGAGGAUGAUCUAUAAGGCACAAUGCUUGUAUUUUGGUUUUUCAUCUUCCUUUUUUUGGGUCUUACUGCUUUUUACCUUAUCCAAUGCCUGUAUAGUAGUAGGGAAAUUGUAGUUUGUAAUUCAUUUGAGGUAUCAAGGGAACUGUCACAAGUAGAUUCUAGUUCCGAUCUUAACCAAUGUUGGUUAAGGUUGAUGUCAUGUAAUGAAUCAAGAGCCAGUUUUUAGAGGGAUGUUGCCGAUCUUAUCCCCCCAA